AUGGGUAGAGAAGCUCUGGGCAAUGAUUCUGGAAUACGGAUAUCAGUAUGGCAGCCGCGACACAAGACCCUCUGCGCUGACCUGGAAAAUGUCCAGAGAAGGGCGACCAAACUGAUCGCAAGUCUCAAAGACAAGCCUUACCAGGAGCGUUUGGUAGCUUUGGGCCUGCCUAGCUUGGAGCACCGCAGACUGAGAGGGGAUAUGAUUGAUGUCUUCAAGUAUGUCCAUGGAGCCUAUGAUGCCGACCGGCCGAAGCUGCAUCCUCACCGCGGAAGGGAUACACAAGGUAAUAGCCUGAAGCUCGCCAAAGAACGCAGUAUAAGAAAUGUGAGAUCAAGCUUCUUCUCCCAGAGAGUGCUGUCAGUAUGGAACGGCCUUCCGGACAGCGUCGUAACUGCCCCCUCUGUGAGCGCUUUCAAGAGCAGGCUUGACAGUUGCUGGGCGGACCGACCGGGCCUUUUCGAUCCUGAGUGCUACCAUUAG